AUGGAAGACCAAAACAACCGCACCCACUUUAAGCGCCCAGCAGCCACGUCAGCCACACCGCCACCCAAAGACGCCGCUCGUUACCGCGGCGUUCGCCGCCGGCCGUGGGGGCGCUAUGCGGCAGAGAUUAGGGACCCCCAGUCUAAAGAACGCCGGUGGCUAGGCACCUUUGACACGGCUGAGCAAGCCGCGUGGGCCUACGAUAUUGCGGCACGUGCCAUGCGUGGCCUCAAAGCCCGCACGAACUUCCACUACCCUCCUCCCCACGCCGCCACCACGCCACAACAGCCGCCGCCGCUGCCCCCGCCGCCUUUUACCUCACAUGAUUUUCCAUGGCCCCACGUCAGCGUCCCCACGCCAUCUCCACUUCCUCCUAACGCCUCUCUUCUCUUCCGCAACCUCAUAACCCCUUCUUCCACCUCUAACGUCCUAUCUUCCGCAACCACCGAAACUUCUUCACCAGCCGUCGCCGGCAGUGCUCCUGCCAUGUUCUACGACGAUUGCUGCGACUUCUUCUCGCCGGAGCCUCCGGGCGCCGGCUUGCUCCAGGAAGUGAUACAUGGGUUCUACCCCAAGCGUCAGAAUAACGUCGUCGACGUUUCCAUUGACGUCGCCGUGAAAGAAACCGAGCCGAUGUCGUUUGAAGAAAUGCCGGGGCCGGAUAGUAUCGGUUUCGGGUUCGGUUUCGGCGAGAAUUUUCCGACUGUUUCGGAAGGCUUGCUCGAGGAUAUCAUACAGUAUCCAGAGUUUUUUGAAAUGCUGCCAAGCAAGCUUCACUCUGGAAGAAUCAGUCACACUGCGACUUGA